UCUUACUGAACCGCCUGGCUGCAGGUAAGCAUUAUUAGAUAAAGUAGAAUGCAAUUAUGCGGAUGGUUGUUUUUGUUUGCUGACAGUACAAUUAUCUCAUUGUAAGCACGCGAUUUAGCCUCUCGGGUUUUGUUGCAGAAUGGAAUGUGCUGAUGUUUACGUGUAUUGAAGCUGCGAAUCCCGAUCUUGAAGAAAAAGGUUACGCACCAACAUGGGUGACCUCGUCCAUGUUGGCGUAUGACGGAUUGAACAGCUUUAUAGUGGAAAUUCUUGCUCGGUUUAAAUGGCGCUCUGUGUACAUGAUUCGUGAUGCCACUGCAGACGUUAAUCCAUGGUUCGGCGAUGCCUACAAUUCAGUAAUGCAUGCUGUUCGCAGUAAUGUGCCAGAUAACCAGAUAUCUGGACACAUCCUCACGGAAGAAGAAGUAAAUGCCACCGACUUCCGGUUCCUGCAAAAACUGCAAGAAACCAGUCGAAUUGUGUUAUAUUUCGGGAACACCGCGAGGCUACGGUUAAUUGCGCAUGAAAUGUUUAAACGAGGAAUGAUGGCAUCCGGCGAAUAUGUCGUCAUUGCUGUUGAACCUUAUCCUAGUGACAACAUGACUCAUGGGUCGUGGGGGGAUUUUCAGUGGGAGCAAGGUGAUUCGCUAGAUGCUGAUCUGGAAUUCGCUUGGCGAUCGAUCAUGUUAAUAACUCUCGCCGAAAGUGAGUCGGAACGGAAGACCUUCUUCGCGCCGCGGUUUCCCGUUUGGGCAAAUAUGUCCAAAGAUUUCUACGGAUUCGAUAUUCCGAGCAGUUCGUUUGAAAUAAAUUUCUCCCAAGUGAUGGCUUAUGAAGGCAUGCUGAUCUUCUUGAAGAUACUGGAGGAAACUAUCCAGGAGGGUGACCUAUCCGAUAUCACCGAUGGGCGAAGUUUCGCCCAGCGAUUUCACAACCGAACGAUCGAAUUACCGUCCGGUAACGUAACCUUUUCUAAACAAGGCAAUCGGUAUAUGGAUCUCCUUCUCCGCGACUGGGCUGUAUCAACGCAAUCCUGGAAGCCGGUACUGAAGUUUGUCUCAGUUACAAGAUCCGUCAUCCCGCUGAACGACAUUAUUGACUGGCCAAAUACUACUCGCAAUACUCCGCCACUAAAUGAACCGCUUUGUGGCUACACCGGGGCAGCUGCAGGUUGCAUUAAAAAGUUGGACAUAUUACCAUUUGUUGCUGGAGUGACGGCGCUGGCCAUUGCCAUUCUGGCUGGCAUCGGCGGAUUUGCCUACAGCGAAGGGCAGCAGCAGCGAGACGGUGGCAGCUGA